ACCCUGGGUUCCUCCUUUUUCAGCCUCUCUCUCUCUCUCUCUCUCUCGCUCUAUAUCUAUCUUUAUCUCCGAAGAAAGAAACGAACCGAAGAAGAGGAGAGGUUAGUGAUAGAUCAAUCAAGUAGAAAAGAUGCAACAAAGCAACGGUUCUGAUCUGACAGCAGCUCCGUCUCCACAGCAUCAGAAUCAGAAUCAGAAUCAACAGCAGCAGCAGCAACAACAAUGGAUUCCACAUAUGCAGCAGCAGCAGCAGCAGCAGUGGAUGGCUGCUAUGCAAUACCCAGCAGCUGCAAUGGUUAUGAUGCAACAACAUAUGAUGAUGUAUCCUCAGCAACAUCACCCUUACAUGGGUUAUUAUCAGCAGCAACAGCAAUACCACAAGCAACACUACCAAAAACAGCAUAAACCUCAACAGCAACAGCAGCAUGUACCUACUGAAGAUUCAAAGACUAUAUGGGUUGGUGACUUGCUUCAUUGGAUGGAUGAAACUUAUCUCCACAGUUGCUUUUCUCACACUGGCGAGGUGACCUCUGUUAAAGUUAUUCGCAAUAAGCAAACUGGUCAGCCAGAAGGAUAUGGAUUUAUCGAGUUCUAUUCGCAUGCAACAGCUGAAAAAGUCUUGCAGAACUACAAUGGCUCUAUGAUGCCAAAUGCAGAUCAGCCCUUCCGCCUCAAUUGGGCAAGCUUUGCAGGGGAGAGGCGAACAGAAACGGGUUCUGACCUAUCCAUAUUUGUUGGAGAUUUAGCUGCAGAUGUGACUGAUGCUAUGUUGCAGGAGACCUUUUCUAGUAAAUAUUUAUCUAUCAAAGGAGCAAAAGUUGUCACCGAUUUAAAUACUGGCCGCUCAAAAGGUUAUGGCUUUGUUAGGUUUGGUGAUGAAAAUGAGAGGUCAAGGGCCAUGAUGGAGAUGAAUGGGGUUUAUUGCUCAAGUAGACCCAUGCGCAUAGGUGUUGCAACUCCCAAAAAGUCACCUGCAUAUCAACAGCAGUAUUCUUCACAAGCUUUGGUGUUGGCUGGUGGACAUGCUCCAAACGGUUCUAUGGCUCAAGGUUCUCAAUCUGAUGGAGACUCCAAUAAUACAACUAUAUUUGUGGGAGGGAUUGACUCUGAUAUCAGCGAUGAGGAUCUCAGGCAACCUUUUUCACAGUUUGGUGAGGUUGUUUCUGUAAAAAUACCAGCAGGGAAAGGAUGUGGUUUUGUGCAAUUUGCUGACAGAAAGAGUGCUGAGGAUGCAUUGCAGAGUUUGAAUGGGACAACAAUUGGCAAGCAGACAGUUCGUCUUUCUUGGGGCCGCAGUCCAGCAAACAAGCAGUGGAGAGGGGAUCACAAUAAUCAGUGGAAUGGGGCAUAUUUUGGAGGGCAAGGGUAUGGUGGAUAUGGAUAUGCAAUGGCACCAAAUCAAGAUCAGAACAUGUACGUUGCAGCUGCAGCUUCAGGCGCAUCUUAACAUAAAUGUGAACUUGCAGGGCAGGCCUUGCUGAUUAAAAAAGUAGGGUUGCUUCAGCUGUUACUGCUUUGGCUAUCUGUACUUGGGAGAAUUUUUGUAGCUUGAUUGAAUUUUAUGUCAUGAAGUGUUAAAGCUGUAUCAAUAUAUACUUUUAAGAAUUUUUUGGUUUGCUUGGGAUAUGUUGUUGAUGGGCGGGGAUCUUUAUUUAUUAUUUGUUAGCUUUAAACUCCAUACAGGAAGCAUUGAUGAGAAGGACCAAAGCUCUUUGAAUGUU